AUGCCCGGUAGGGAUCGCGGAAUAUCUUAUGACGCUUCCCCUCACACCAAAGAAAUGCCUCGUGUCCUCUGCCCCAAGUGCACUACGACUGAGAAAGAGGUUUGGGUCAUGCCUGGCCACUCCUGCCCCUAUUGCGGUUACGUGCCCUUCCCCUGGGCAGGUCUUGCGUGCCAAUCCAAGCGCGUAGCACAGCGUGUGAUGCUCCGUGCAACUGUCACCCAGUGUCCAGGCUUGUUGCUUGGAAUUUGCUACCAACAGCGGACCACCGAAGUGACCGAACUUGGACUCUCGUUGAAGGUUGCCUCCAAGUGA